AUGGAGAAGAUUUUCCCACGCAACUAUGAGCCUGUCCCGAAGACAGACAAGGAGGGAGAUUCCGGCGACAGUGAUACUACGCUGACAGUGCGGCCACGGCGCCGCUCCGUACACCAGUUCAUGAAGCGCAACCUGGCCACGAUCACCAUCACUGGGCUCCUCCUGAUCUUGCUGCUCCUGAUAAUUGCAUUGAUUGCAGCAAUCACUCUCCAGCCAGUCCGACAGGCCCUGAUCCUGGAACACUCGGCGGUCUACUCAGGCUCCGACCAGGGUGGACAGCGACAGUGUUUGCCCACGGCUCCUCGGACCAGACUCUCCUGCGGCAAUUCCACCGACGAAGCUGAAGCGCUCGGUUGCACGUAUGAUCCGCUUUCAGCGUGCUGGCUUCACCGGGAGUGUCCGCACGACUAUGUGAAGGAGUUUACGGAGUUUAAUGAUGGCAAGCCUUUUAUAUAUUACUACGAUAAGGAAAUGACCCGUCAGAUGAAGGACUACGAGGAAGUCGGUCGCAACGUCAAUGGUUUCUAUUGGACUUCGAACCGUGAGCACUUGGUCCAUUGCCUCUAUCUUCUGCGACGGGCCCAUGACGUUCAUAUGCGUGGGGAUCGCCUUGACACGAUGCUGUCUGAUCUGAAGCAUACCGAUCAUUGUACGAACAUGUUGGCAAAUUGGCUGCGCAGACCGGAUCCUGCGUUGGAUGAGCUGGGUACCCAGGGCCAAACGCACUGUUUCAUGUCGUGUAGUUAA